CUUGUUGAUGAUCGUGGACUCUGCGUGGAGCAGAGAUGUUCGCUGAACUGCUGUGCGGCGGCGCGGCUCUGGUCCUGUACGUCAACACGCUGGGAGCCGAUUUCUGCUACGAUGACAGCCGAGCCAUUAAGACCAAUCAGGACCUGCUUCCGGAGACGCCCUGGACCAACAUCUUUUACGAUGACUUCUGGGGAACCUUGCUGACCCACAGCGGCAGCCACAAGUCCUACCGGCCCCUCUGCACCCUGUCCUUCCGCCUGAACUACGCGGUGGGCGGCCUGGAGCUGGGCUACCACGCCGUCAACGUGGCACUGCACGGCGCCGUGACCGUCCUGUUCACCUCUCUGGCCCGCCUGCUGCUGGGCGGAGGGCCGUGGAGCCUGCUGGCCGGCCUGCUGUUCGUCCACCCAGUCCACACCGAGGGUGGCGGGCGUGGUGGGGCGGCCGACGAAGGCGCCGUGUUCUUCCUGCUGUCCUUGCUGUGUUACGUCCGUCACUGCGGGCUGCGGGGCGCGCCGGCCUGGCGGCUUGCAGCAUGGCUCCUGAGCAGCCUGGCCUGCGCCGCCUGCAGCAUGCUGUGGAAGGAGCUGGGAGUCACCGUCCUGGCCGUAGCGGCUUUAUACGACGUCUGCGUUUUCCACAGACUCAAAGUGAGACAGAGCAUUCUGCUGCUUUACAAGAGGAAGAACCAGCAGCUGCUGCUCAACGUGUCUCUGUUGGCCGUGUGGGGAGUCGUUUUGCUGGCCUGCCGCUUCUCCUGGAUGGGCAACAAGCCGCCCAACUUCUCCAACUCAGACAACCCGGCCGCUGACUCGCCUUCGCUCCUCGCCAGAACUCUGACCUUUUUCCACCUGCCUGCCGCCAACUUCUGGCUCCUCCUCUGCCCGGACACGUUGAGUUUUGACUGGUCAAUGGAUGCCUUGCCUCUGAUCAGGAGCCUGGCCGACUGGAGGAACGUCCACACGCUUCUCUUUUACCUGGGAUUGCUUCUGCUUGUUUGGUUUGGCCUGUGGAUGCACUCAGCAACCAGGACCAAGGAAACCAAUGGGAAAAGCCACCAUUACAUUAACGGCAGGAAUGGGAACAGUAAUGGACACAGUUACCACGAACACACAAACCAUUCUCACACAGACACCAAUAAUAUUUUCACUCAGAACGGAACCAGCAACCUCUCAGAGAACAGGACUUCACUGCCGACCACUGAGAAUGUGGUGGCGUUCUCCCUGGGCCUUCUGGCCUUCCCCUUCCUGCCUGCUACAAACCUGUUUUUCUAUGUUGGCUUUGUGAUAGCAGAGCGAGUGCUGUACAUCCCCAGCAUGGGCUUCUGCCUGCUUGUCGCUGUGGGGCUGCGGUCGCUGUGUGUACGGCUGCGACGCAGGUCCUGCAGGAGGGUGCUGCUGCUCUGCAGCGGCGCUGUGCUUCUUCUGUUUGGGAUGAAAACCGUGGUGAGGAAUCAGGACUGGCAGAACGAGGAGAUGCUCUACAAGUCAGGGAUCUAUGUCAAUCCUGCUAAAGCUUGGGGCAAUCUGGGAAAUGUUUUGAAGAGCCAGGGGAAGAUGGAUGAGGCUGAGCAGGCCUACAGAAACGCUCUGUAUUACCGCAGCAACAUGGCCGACAUGCUGUAUAACCUUGGUUUGCUGCUGCAGGAAAGCAACAAGUUCUCCGAGGCGCUCCACUACUAUAAGCUAGCCAUUGGGAGCCGGCCAACGCUGGCUUCCGCCUACUUGAACACGGGCAUCAUCCUCAUGAAUCAGGGCCGUCUGGACGAGGCCAAGCGGACCUUCCUGACCUGCGCCGACAUCCCCGACGAGAACCUGAAGGACCCCCACGCCCACAAGAGUUCAGUCACCAGCUGCCUGUACAACCUGGGCAAGCUGCUGCAUGAGCAGGGGCAGCAGGAGGAGGCGAUCUCCAUGUUUAAAGAAGCGAUACAGAAAAUGCCAAGACAGUUUGCACCGCAGAGCCUCUACAACAUGCUGGGUGAAGCCUACAUGCGCCUGAACAAGCUGCCUGAAGCCGAGCACUGGUACAGGGAGUCGCUGAGAGCCAAGCCGGACCACAUUCCUGCUCACCUCACCUACGGAAAACUCCUGGCCAUCACAGGGCAGAAAACAGAAGCUGAGCGCUACUUCCUGAAGGCCAUCCAGCUGGAUCCCGCUAAGGGCAACUGCUACAUGCAUUACGGUCAGUUUUUACUGGAAGAGUCUCGGCUCCUGGAAGCAGCGGAGAUGGCGAAGACGGCCGCCCGCCUCGACGGUGGGGAGUUUGAUGUGGUGUUCAGCGCCGCUCACAUGCUCAGACAAGCCAAGCUCAACGAAGCAGCCGAGAAGUAUUACGGACAAGCAGCGAGCCUGAGACCCAACUAUCCUGCAGCUCUGAUGAACCUCGGAGCGAUUCUCCACCUCAACGGGAAACUGCAAGAAGCCGAAGCCAAUUACCUCCGGGCUCUUCAGCUGAAACCAGAUGACACCAUCACCCAGUCCAAUCUGCGUAAGCUUUGGAACAUCAUGGAGAAGCAGGGCCUGAGGACCACGAGUCCCUGAGAUCUCCCCCCCGCCUGCACACCAUCUGCGCUCCAGACCCGAGGAGACGGGCGGCCUGCGUGUCCUCGUUCUGUUUUCUCAUCCAGGAGCGAAGGAAGAGACCGAGGGAGGACGUUUGGAGAGACACAUUGUGCCGCACAGCCCCCCCACUAAUCACCUCUGAGCUCUGCAAACACCUCAGGCCUGCAGCUUUGCUCAGGAUUGCUUACAGUCAGGAAGGCCCUGCACGGUAUCUGGAUUCCUUUCUGCAGAUUUUGUUUUUUUUAUUCAAGAAUAUUUCAAAUUAAAGUGAAGCCACAGGUUCAUCGCUGCCGCAGAAUGAGGUAUGAAGAACACAGAGGGGAGCACUGAAGGACUUUCUGACACAUUUUAGAUUCACUUUGUGCUUUUUUCUUGAAAAUGAAGGAAAGAAGAUACAAAUGAAGACCUGGACACAAUUUAACUUCUUAAAAUUUAAUUUAUAGUCUGCUUUUAAACUUUCUCAUUUGGUCACUUUAAUUUGAAAUUGCACCACAUAUUGAUUCCUAAAGUAGCAACUGUCCUGAUAUUCAGAGAAAACAUAAAAAGGGAACUCAGAGUAACUAUUUCAGCACAAUAAGAGUCUCUAAGGCCUCCAAAGGCCUGCAGUUAAUCUGACUAAUCUGUUUUAGCAAGCUUUGAAAUCGUCUUCAUUGUUUGGUAUUUUUAUUCUUCACUUCUAAAUAUUAAACUACCAUCACCAUUAAAAGCUGAAAGCUUCAGGUUGCAGAGGGAAAACCUUCCCAGGUACCAGGAAGCUGGAACCACAGAGUCCGAGCAGCCAAAAGGAAAAUGCUAAGCUAGUGUCCAACUUUCAUCCUUACAUGGAUCAACACAGUCAGCUCGUUGAAAGGGAAAUGUUUAAAUGCCUUUAUGCUUAGGUAAAGUUAUGUCAAUGUGUUUGAAUAAAUAUUAAUAUAUAGCUGCCAUGUUUUAGUACACAGAGCAACACAGCAAACUGUAGCUCCAUAACUCAGUGAGUUUGUCUGGUUAUGAUUCGGUAAAAGGUUUUUUAUCCUUAUGGCUGUUCUUAGGUCUCAUCUGUAUAUAUUUUGUCUAGUUUUCAUAUAUUUGGUUGUUUUUGUCAGUUUUUAGUAAAAGAGCACCUUCAUUAAAGUAUGUACAGUAUUUGUUAUAAUGUGUUGGCCCCAGUAAUAUUCAUAGAGUUAUUGCUCUGUUACCUGUGAUUAGUGAUAUUAGAACCAGUGGUGGGUUCGCUUGUUAGGAGCAAAGCUCAUUUUUAGUUGAGCGUUUUAGCAUUUUUGCUAAAACACUUUGAAGUCACGACGUUUCCCCUAAAUGAAUAUUUUCAGAAACAUUCUGAAGCACUAAUUUAGUCGCCUGGUUUUGAAACUUUCAGUUAAAUAAAGUUCAUCGUCUGAGUUGAACUUUUUAUUAUCGACUGUCAAAAAUUCUUCAAGUAGUCAGACAUUCCUCUUCUUGCUCUUAUUUUGAAGACUGUUCCACUUCCUGUCCUCAAUAAUUUUUCUCAAAACACUAAAAUAUAAAAUUCAGAGCAGUAAUUAAUAUACAUUUAACCAGGUGAAUAGAAUCUACUGACGAUUAUUUACUUAAUUGUCUUAAAUAAGUUUCCAGUGUUUUUAUAUCCACUUAUGUUCUUCUCUCACUGCAGCAAAUGAUGUCCAUUCUUUACCCAGAAUGCAUUGCUGUAGAUCUACAGUAAACAGUUUAAAAUGUCCAGUGUUUUCUGGACCUUUAGCCAAAAUUAGAGUUAGCAAAACUCAACAACUAUGACACUGAAGCCAUGAGUGAAAAAUAAAAAAGCAAACUGUAUGGUGUGCAAUGACAGACUUCACCCUAUUGAGGGCGACAUACUGAGCUGUAACAUGCUGUGACAUUGACACAUGUUGGGUACCAUCAUGGUUGAAUUUAGCGCUUAAGCAUUAGCUUUAGUUCAAUGCUAUGUCGGUGUAGCAAGUUAGCAGAACUAAUAUUCAUGAUCAGAGCUUUGCGGUCAGUGCAGCUCAUGGUUUUAGUUAGCAGUGCCCACCACUGUCCAGAGCUAAACCCAGGUACCAGAUCUGACUCUCCAGAUCUGACUCCUCCAGAUCUGACUCCAGAUCUGACUCCUCCAGAUCUGGAGUCCAGAUCUGGACAAAGAUAACUGUUAUCUUUGUCCAGAUAAACAGUUAUCUGGACAAAGAUAACUGUUUGUCCAGUUAUCUUUCAGACAAAGAUAACUGGACAAACUCCAGAUCUGACUCCAGAUCUGACUCCAGAUCUGACUCCUCCAGAUCUGACUCCUCCAGAUCUGACUCCAGAUCUGACUCCAGAUAGAGGCGUUGUUAAUUGAUCGGGAUCAUGACCUCACAUACUUCCUGUUGUGUCUCUUCAUCCAGCUGGACCAUCGGUGGGCGUGGCGCGGCGUUUUGUGCUGUCAGUUUUUAAUCUAUUGUCAUGUUUAUUGCAAGACUAUUAUAUAAACACAUGUCUUUGUGAUCUAGCGGGUCUGGGUUUCCCCAUAGAGUCCCUCUUUAUGAGGGUGAUUAGAGUUUGCUGGGGGCAGCAGCUUCCAGUCCUUCUGUUUGAAAUAGACAGGCUGGAAGCUGAAUGUUGUUCUCAUUUGUCCCCACAAAGCAGCUGAAUCACUUAAAUGUUCAGAGUUUAUAAAGCACAAAAACAACUGGAACAAGAUUAAAUAUGUCACAAAGUGAAUUAAGAAAUCUUUAUCAAACUGAGAAUAAACAUGCUUGUGUUGUUUUUAUUUUACUGCACUUUAAGGCUCAUACAGUGCUCUGAAAAGGUGUUUCCUUCAAUGAUUUCUGUAGUUUUUUUUUAGAUUUACUUUCACUUAAAUGUUUCAGAAUUAAACAGAUGAUCUUUCUUUCAGACAAAGAUAACUGGACAAACAUAAAUACAGUACAACUAAAAUGAUGAUUUCACUCUGGUCUGCUAUUUUGUAAUUUGCAGGUAGCAGAGAUUUGACUAGCUUGUUAUGUAAAAACCUUUUACUGCCAAAUUGAUUAACAGAUGUCAAGAACAGAUGACUUAAACAUCCAGCCUUUCAUGCUGGAGUCAGGAAAUGUUGCCACAUAAUGAAGGAACACAUGUUGUAACCAAGGCACAGUUAGUUAACCAAUGUUGGCAUCAAGAAUGUCACUGAAUGCGUUUGCAUCAUGAGUUCCCAAAAGACAAAAUCUGCAAAAACAAAGGAAAUCCAUCAGCUUGUUUAGCAGUUCAACAGCAAAUACUUUAUAAACAGAAUAUAAUGGUAGCUAUGCAGCACCAGAUCCAACUUUUCUACACAACAAAAUGUUUUUAAGAGAUAAAAAAGUAGCUUUUGCUUUUCUCCCAUUUAAUAUACUGUGCUAUGAUAAACAUUCGGUUCAUACUCAAAAACCCUUCAAUAUGGCUGAAAUGACAAUUUUUCAGAGUGAUUCAAAAUUCCUCCCAGACUCAUUUCCACAUAACCUUUAAAUGUCUUCAUUAUUUCAACUUUCUGGUUUUUGCAUGUGUUCAGGUCGUCUGUGUUGAUUUUAACAUUUGUUUGAUAUUCUGAAACACCAAACAUGACAGAACUUGAAAGAGAAACUUUUUUAUAGCACUGUUGAUUCUCAUGAAGGGUCCAACUGGGACGAUUCUGAUCCCAACUGUUAACAGAACCAGCUGGAACUGUGUUGUUUUUUUCACAUGUAAAAUGAAGGAAGGUCAUUGCAUGGAGCUUCUGCGUGUUUCUAGUCGUUACUUAAGACAAUUCACAAAGUCGGCUAAUGCAGCUAUUCACACAACAGCUGCUGCAGGAGACGUGCUGUGAUAUGAAGCGUCGCAUUGUCGUCUGCACGGUGCUGUUCCUUUACUGUGACGGCGGUAAGGAAAUGUUAAAGAGUCCACAUUGAUUUCCUGCCUCCCUCACACAUCCACAUGCCCAUUCCUGGUGUAAAUAUUUAAAGUGUUGAUGAGGAAACAAGAUUGUUAAUGUCUGUAAGAAGGUGUGAAAAGAAAAAGUGUUUCACUCUGUGGCUCUGCUCAGGGAUCUCAAGCAGUGGGCUAUUGCAGAAACUUGUUCACAGAGAAUUUACUAAAUUAAAAUUUAUUUUUGAAAUGUGUUGCAUUUGUAUAAAUUAUCAGGAUUUGUAGCCCUGUUCUCCUUUUUUGUAAAAUAAAAACUGAACA